GGAAACCUUCAGUUGAUCGUGAACUGGUCGUAAGAUCGGACCAUUCUACAGCCAUGGCAUACAAGUACCUAUACGCAACGGUAAUUUUUGUAAUUUUCUCUUUGACUUUGGCGGAUGUGACUAGAACAGUGCGGCGUGUACGCUCGAUAAAUCCUUUCGUUACGAACGUUAAAUGCGAUCCAGGAGAACGAUUUGGAUGUGCCGAUUGUUCUACGGUUCAGGUCUGCCAUUGGGAUGGUACUGUCAUCGAGUCUUCCAAGUAUCGUUGCGACUCUGUGAAUCCUUCCCAACCGUAUUGUAAUGGAAAUUCUGGUACCUGUAGCGCUACGCCAACCGGCGAUUGCGACCAGCCAAGUGAUUUAUGCCCAGCAGAAGGAAUCUUUCCUCAACCCACCAACUGUCGCGAGUUCAUCUACUGCGAUGCAGAUAAAAACGCUUACAUUACACCGUGUGCAUCCAAUGAAGCUUACAACCACACAGUGCAGGAUUGCGUACGGUCGGGAACUUGCUUCCAGAUAAACUGUGCUGCUGCUACUUCCCAAGACCAAUGGUACACCUACACUCCUGCAUCGGAGUUGUAUGUCUUCUGCUCCAGCACGGCCGGAACAAUGACUUUCGAGUGUCCAAAAAACGAGAUUUUCAACCCAAAAUUAAAAAGAUGUGACUUCAGUUGUCCCGGUGCCGGAAGGUUUGCCAUUCCGAAUGAACCAGCCAAUAGCAAACGCUACUAUCAAUGCGUUUUGGGAACAGGCAAUGUGUUUACGUACACCAUUCAACAGUGCGCGGGCAUUCUGGUCUUCGAUACGGUAAACUUAAGAUGUGCUCCACCCUAAGCCACUUCAUCACCAGAACCUUCGACUGCAUCAUCGUAGUUGAUUUGAAAAAAUCACACUUUCUACUCAAUCCGUGGAUAGUACUACUUUUCCAGUUAAAAUAAUAAUACAAAAUUUACAAAAUGUUAAAUAUUGAAAUUAUCUACUGUAAAUAUAUGAGUGAGAUGAUG